CGCGGAAUCCCAGGAACUCCUUCCAAUAUAAAUAGUUCAUCAAAAACGCUACAGAACUAGCUUCUUUGGUUGCUCCCAUGGAAACUCCGCCCUCCCAAAAUGACCAUAGCACGCUGUAGCUCCAAAUAUCGGAUUACGCAAUCCCAAAUCCCUGUGGUAAGGGGGAAAAUUUUGAGCAUUCGACUUUGACCCUGUACCAUAGGUGUCAAUGUACAU